GCCAUCACCUGUCACAAUAUUAACAGUCAUUCAUUGCGAAAAUGGCUACUACUGUGCAACAACAAAACGUUAGUGAUUAUUUAUCAAACCAGCAAAAGGAAGGCACUAAAGAGCUUGCCAAUGAAUGGGCCACUUUAGAGGAGUUGCACAACAAAAAAUUAUGGCACCAGUUGACUUUGAGGCUGAUGGUGUUGAUUAAGAAGCCCGAAUUGCAGAAAGGCGACCACCUCAUCCAACUGUACAACAAUUUCAUUCAAACGUUCGAGAACAAGAUAAACCCGCUCUCUUUAGUUGAAAUAGUGGCAGUGGUGAUUGAACAGUUCAAAGACCCGAAGGAAGCUGUAACGUUCCUGGAAAAAACCGAGCCCAAAGUCAAAGUGAAUCCGGAUGCCCAAAACUUAUGCAAAGUUUUGGCUGGGCAAAUACACUUGGAAAAGCUCAAGGAUUUAGACGCCACUAAGAAGGUGAUCGAAGAAGUGGAGAAAACGCUAGAUAAUGCUGAUGGGGUGACUGCAGUCCACGGACGCUUCUAUUUGUUAGCUUCUCAGUAUUAUAGAAUACAGGGCGAUCAUGCUCAAUACUACCGCACGGCUUUGCGCUACUUGGGUUGCAUUGACUUGGACACCCUUACGGAAGAAACCAAAAUGCAGCACGCGUUCUUCUUGGGUUUGGCCGCUUUAUUAGGCGAGGGAGUCUACAAUUUAGGCGAACUUUUGGCCCAUCAAGUGCUUCAAUCGUUGAAAAACACCGAAAAUAGCUGGCUGGUGGAUUUGUUGUACGCUUUCAACUCAGGGGACAUUAAUAAGUUCGAGCAAAUGAAGAUCAAGUGGGGCGUCAUUGCGGAUUUGGCCGCCCAAGAGUUGUUCUUAAGACAGAAAAUCUCAUUGCUGUGUCUUAUGGAGAUGACGUUCAAGAGGCCUUCCCAUGAUCGGCAGUUAACCUUCGAGGAGAUUGCCCGAGAAACUAAGCUUCCAAUCAAUGAAAUCGAACUUCUGGUGAUGAAAGCUUUGUCCCAAGGUUUGGUCAAGGGGGCGAUAGAUCAGGUUGCAAGCACCGUGAACAUGACGUGGGUGCAGCCGCGAGUACUCGACCGAACUCAAAUAAAAUCAAUGGUGGAAAGGCUGAACGAAUGGUGCACACAUGUGGGCACAAUGGAAAAACUGCUCGAGGAAAAAGCCAACGAAAUCUUAACUUUGUAGUCCGUAAGCCAGUGUUUUCUGUUCCAUUGCAACCGCAUAUGUAAAUUAAGUCAUUAAAUUCUUAACUAAC